UUUAUUAAUGGUUAUAACUGAGAGGUAGAUCGUUUGGCUGCAGAUCAAGAGAUGGGGAGGUUCAAAUCCCCCAGUACUUCUCAUUGGAAGAAAGUGUUUGAGUGAAUAUGUAGUUAUUCUUACACUCGUGCACACCGGGAUGAUCCUCGGUUAUACAGUAGGACCGAAAAAACCCUUACCUAGUGACGCCAGGAAAGCCACCGUGCAUGCUGAUUGGACAAUCCUUGGUCCUCUGCCGAGGUUUUUUUUUUUUUUUUUUUUUGGUCGAGAAGAAGAUUCGCAGCGCGAGAGAACUUUUCUGAGCAAACGCUUUUCGUUUUACCCAUCUAGCCUCGCGAGCUGCACUUUUUGGGUACGGGGGAACCAGACGGAUUUAACCUGUCUAUUUUUUACGCAUGCUCAAGAAACUUGCACCUCUGUAACAAAAAAGACACCAGAGAAGACGCAACUUUUGUUGCAAACCGACUGAUUUAUAACGGGAAAAUGACUCAGUUUAACAAGGGACCCGUUUACGGACUGACGGCAGAGUUAAGAAACAAGAUUGCUCUGAAGUAUGACGUCCAGAAGGAGGAGGAGCUGAGGUUCUGGAUCGAGGAGGUGACGGGGAUGCCCAUCGGAGACAGCUUCCAGAGAGGCCUGAGGGACGGAGUCAUCCUCUGCGAGCUGAUAAACAAACUGCAGCCUGGCUCUGUCAAGAAGAUACAUCACACCCAGCUCAACUGGCACAAGCUGGAGAACCUGGGGAACUUCAUCAGGUCCAUCAUCAGGUUCGGGGUGAAACCUCACGACAUCUUCGAGGCCAACGACCUGUUUGAGAGCGGCAACAUGACCCAGGUCCAGAGCACACUACUGGCCCUGGCCAGCAUGGUAGGUGUGUGUUCCUCUCCCAGGAUGGUACCAGGGUCCAGGCAGCAGUAUAGACAUGCAGGUAACGUGUGUGUGUGUGUGCAGGAUAAGACCAGGGGUUCAGGCAGCAGCAUAGACAUCGGGGUGAAAUACUCCGACAAGAGGACAUGCCACUUUGACAAGGACAAGCUCAAGUCUGGACAGUGUGUCAUCGGACUGCAGAUGGGGACCAACCAGUGUGCGAGCCAGUCGGGUAUGACAGCGUACGGGACAAGGAGGCACCUGUACGACCCCAGAUCCCAGACAGACAAGCCCUACGACCAGACCACCAUCUCCCUUCAGAUGGGCACCAACAAGGGGGCCAGCCAGGCAGGUAUGUCGGCCCCAGGGACCAGGCGAGGCGUGUUUGACCACAAGAUGGCGCUGCAGCCUCUGGACAGCUCCACCAUCUCCCUCCAGAUGGGCACCAACAAGCUGGCGUCCCAGAGCGGGAUGAGCGUGUAUGGGCUGGGCAGGCAGGUGUACGACCCCAAGUACUGCCCCUCCUCCUCCCCCUCCUCCCCCGCCUCCCCCACCGCCGCAUCCCCCUCCCCCACCGCCGGUUACCGCGGCAACGGCAGCCUGGGCACGCCGGCCACCAACGGCUCGGAGGUCAGCGACAGCGAAUACCAGGCGGAGCUUCGCUGUCGCCACGGCAAUGGCCCCGAGGAGGAGGAAGAUGAGGAGGAGGAGGAGGAAGGGGGGGUACCAGAAUCACCACCAGUACAGGGGGCUCUACGGAGAGGAGAGGCACUACUAGACUGACACCAUGCCCCCCCUCUGGCCCCCCUACCCCCCAUCACCACCCUGCCCCAACCUCCCCCUAACCAGUCCCAGCUCCACCCCCCUCCCCUCAGGGGGUGAAGGAGGCCGUGUCCAGGUGCUGUGUGUCCACCCGGACGUGCAGUUUGUAGUGAAGUAGAGUUGACUUCUCUCCACUGUAUAUAACGUGGUUGUGAGAAUGCUGAUGUUGUUUGCAGAGCAAGACCUUUAAUCUGCUUGCUACUCUUUUAUAAGCACACGUUUGACUUGUUUUCCUCUUGUACUUCUCUUCUGCUCUUCAACUAGAGGGUCAGUAUUUUGCUACCAGGGUGGUAUUGUAUAUAAUGUGCCAUCUUAUCAGCUUUUUGCUUCGUAUGAAGUCUUACAUUCCAGAUCUGUUAAGAUUCAUCCACAUUCCAGAACUCUGAAAGAUCACACUUUCUAGAAAUGAAAGAUCACUGACAUUCUAGAACUGAUAGAAUCCACUGGCAUUCCAGAAAUCUUAGAAACAUUCCAGAAAUCUGAGAAGCAUUGUAGAUAUCUGAAAGUAAUUCUAGAACUCUGAAAGUCAUUCUAGAACUCUGAAAGUCAUUCUAGAACUCUGAAAGUCAUUCUAGAACUUUGAGAGGCAUUCUAGAUCUUGUUAGACCACCUGCCGUCCAG